AUGUACUUUGUCUUUCUCACAAACAGUUCGCUGUUGAACAUUUUCACCGCUGGAGCCCCUCCUCGAACCCUCUCAAACACUUUGAAUGGAGAGGUCGUCCUGCAUUCACAGCCUUGGCGGAGACCCUUCCACAUCUAUGGCGGGCUGGCGUGCAACUCACUAAUGGCUGAGUCCUGGUCAGACAGGACGCCCCUCCAUGAUGCAGCUUUCCACGGCAGACUGCUCAACCUGAGGACCCUCGUCGCACAGGGCUUCCAUGUGGACAUGUUGACCAUGGACAGAAUCUCUCCUCUCCACGAGGCAUGCCUCGGCGGCCAUCAUGCCUGUGCAAAGUUUCUUCUGGACAACGGUGCAAAUGUGAGGGCAGUAUCAACAGACGGCGCCACACCUCUUUUCAACGCCUGCAGCAGCGGGAGUGCGGCUUGUGUCCGGCUAAUUCUGCAGCGCUGGCCUACCGUCCACACCACACAACACCUGGCAUCACCUGUCCACGAGGCCGCGAAGAGAGGACAUGCAGAGUGUCUGGAAGUACUACAGUCCUAUGGAGCUCAUACAGAGGUGCAGCUGCCAGUGUUGGGGACGCCCCUGUACGCUGCCUGUCUGGCUCAGAAGAUAGACUGCGUGAAGAUGCUGCUACACUCAGGAGCAGACGUGCAGGCAGGAUGUGGGCAAGACAGCCCUCUACACGCAGCAGUCCGGGGAGGUCAAAUCAACAUAGCGGAGCUUCUGAUGGACUAUGGGGCUGAUGGGAGUUGUAGGAAUGAGGAGGGGAAGACCCCACUGGAGCUGGCGGCACCAAACAGCGCGAUGAAAGCUGCACUGCAGAAAAGAGGGCCCUGUUCUCUGACUCAGCUCUGCCGGUUUUCUAUACGUCGCAGUUUGGGACGGAGUCGCCUCCAUAGAGCCUCGUCACUUAUCCUUCCUCACUCUCUCAAAGACUUCAUCCUGUACCAGUGACACCCAGUCAGCACUGUAUGUAUUGCAUCUGGUUUGGUCUGAUUUAUGAAACACACUGUCCCAAGUGGAAACUUCAAGUUCCAAUGCUGC